GUACUCUUGUGCCUAAUAAUCUUAAACAUUCUCUCUCUCCCCUUAACAAGCGUUUUAAAUGGACUGGUCAUAAUCACCGUGAAAACUAAACCACGCCUAAAAACCACGAGCAACGUUGCACUCGCGUGUUUAGCGACAACCGAUUGUGUGAUGGGAGUAAUUGGACAGCCUUUUUUCGCCGUACAACUGGCAGUACUGUUACAGGGAGAGAGAUCAAGCUCGUACUGCACGCUAUUAGCAGCGUCGGUAUACGUUAUCAGGGUGUUGGGCGCAGCUACAUUUCUUCACCUAACAGUUAUUAACAUAGAAAGAUAUAUUGCUAUCAAGCACUCGCUGAAGUACAAGAUCCUAGUCACUAGAGGUCGUUUAUUCCGUGGGUCCGCUUUCGUGUGGGUUGUUUCAUUCCUCCUAACAGUACCUCUGAGUUUCAUAGACAACGAUAUUUACUUGGUUGUCAACAAUAUGACGGGCUGCUUAUGGGUGGCUAUCAUUACUUUCUGUCAAAUUGUAAUUCUCCAGGAGACUCGAGGUCUUAGAAAGCGAAUCGCAGCCCACCAAAUCUCACUGGAACACAGACAAAAGUUCUUAAAGGACAAAAGAGCUUUUCAGCUCACAACGAUGAUACUUGUUGCCUUAGUGUUGACAUCUUUACCCACGCUUGUUGUUCGAAUACUCAUAACAAAUUCUAUCAUAUACUCGUUAACUGCGUCAUAUAUUUCUUUAAUGUCAGCAAUUUUUUGUUGCCAUUCUUAACUCGCUCAUCAACCCAAUUAUCUACUGCAUUAGAAUAAGAGAGUUUCGCGUAGCUCUUAUUGAAAUACUUAAAAGAUACACAUCUGCACAAGUCGUGGAACAUUGAACAAUGCAACACCACAACUCGAAACGCGAAGCAAACGAAAAGAAACAACAGUACGAAUUUGAACAGAUAAAGAGACAGAAAUAAUAAUGUUAUCGGCUAUGGAGGCAAGGUCAAAAUCAAUUAACGUAAGGCUACUGACAUAGCCGUAUGAAUCUUCGUUAAUUAAUAACGAUUAUAAUUCACCUUCAUUAACCAUUUGAUUGCUAACCUAAAAGUUAAAUAAUUCCGUCCAUCGCCCUUGAGUAUACAUUUCUCUGAUAAUGAAUUGUCAACAGAUGGUCUACUAAAUUGCUUUCUUAUGAACAAAAUCUAUUCAGUUGACGGAGGUUUUAACCUUCCAAUUUAUUCAUUCACCAGUGGAAUCUUGAGUGUACGCUUGCCCUGGCUUGACCGUAAGUACGUAAACUUCGAUCAGCAAGAUAAUUCAAGUAACCAAUUUAGUUAUCUAGUAUACAAAUUUCAAAACUCAGCGCAAGAAUUUAAACAAAAUCGAAUAUUUCGUUCGAAUCGCUCAAACUUCAUCCGGGGAACUUCAUUAGCCAUAUAAAAUGUCAGAUUACGUCACAGAAAGGUUACGUAUUCCCAGGAGAGGAUUGUAUAUGGUAGCCUGAGUAUCAGGCCUUCCUAAGGGGCUAGGGAAGACGAGAUUUUAGAUGGGGGAGGGGGGAGGGGGAGAGGAGAAACGCUAUGUAUAUGGCCGGGAGGUCCACACCCUCGUCCCUUUCCUUGGCUUAAUGGCGAUGGCCGCCUCCUUGACGCGGCGCUUGACGGUGUAAUUUUCCUCAGAUAGAACGUUAACAUUGUGUGAGUUGAUGUUAUGACCCGUUGCUUGGCAACGCUCGAAAACGGCAGAAGUUUCUGUUACGUAACGUGACAUUUUACAUCGCUGAUGAAGUUCGAGCGAUUCGAACGAAAUAUUCAGUUUUGUUUUUAAUUGUUGCUCUGAGUUUUAAAAUUUGUAUACUAAAUUGAUUUGUUAAAGCAGAUAAAAAACCUUUGAUCAAUUUAGGCAUCGUUCAUACAUAUCCGGAUUUUUUAAAUCUAGACAUUUUGUUACGAAUUUUAACUUUAGUUUAAUCUGGUUUAAUCCACGCGUAUCCGAUGAAUACGGUCAAAGAAUCCGCAACAUCUUUUUAAAAAGCUUUCCAGAACGGAAAGUUUUCAAAGCACUAGUUUGCCUGAGUUGUGUGAACACCUGGUGGGCAGAUAAAAACGGAACUUUUAGAAAACGAUGAUGCUACAGUAUCACUGACAUCGCAUAGCAUGAAAAUGUUUCACUGCCAUCUUGCUUUUGCACACAUGCAGCGUAAGUUAGUUUUUUUCCUUUGCGGUAAAAUAUUCAAAAUUGUUACUUCAGAAUGCAAGUUAACCGGUAACUGAGGAUUUCUUUCACCUCUUUUACUGUUUUUAAUCUUUCUAUUAACAAUAAAAAAUAUUCAAACGGACAAAAGCGAAAGAUUUACGCGUAUGCUUCAACAUUCUUUAAUUAGCAAUGAACUGCCUCACUGCCUAACUUGGCCAAUAUUUUCUAAAUUGAUUUAAACUCCUUACUUUGAUGAUUGUUCACCUUGACACAGCUCUAAAUCUAAAUUUUCCAGACAAUGACAAUCGGCUCCUGACAAUGAUUAUUUGCGGAUGAGACAACAAAAUUUGCAUAUUCAUUAAAUUCUUGAUCGAAAAAAGAUGUAUUUUUGGAUUUUUGAGUAAAAAGAAACUUUAUACGAAACCUAAGACAAAUGAAAUUUAAUUUGUUUUUCUUCCAAUAGUGCAUCGCUGACAAAUCUCACUUUCUGUCUUUUUUUGUGGUAGCUUUUAUCUGUAAUUUAUGAUGCAAGUCGGCUUUUUACCGAAUUUUAAAUUGCUGUUCGCAACAAAGUGUUUCCGCUGAAAGAGCUAUUCUCUCGGACCCUUAAGAUCAUCACUUGAGUCUCGCUAAACACAAAAUUAGUUUUUUCUUUCUUUCGGAAUUGUCAGCUUAUUAUCAAACACGUCACGGCGCGACGAAACAGAACAUUCUCACACGGAACAUAUUUUUCGAGUUUCUUGCUUAGACCAUGCCCACAUUUCGCUUCACAUCACCCAAGCUACCCAUUUUUGUUUUAGGAAAAUGUAAAAAGAAGGUAAGCUAGGAGCGCAACUGUCUUGCAGCAUUUUAUGAUAACUAACACAUUUUGUAUUAAGAAGGUUUACGGCAUUGGAAAUAGAUGGAAGCUACGCAUUUUGUAAUCAGGGCUACAUUAUGAAAUAAUCGUAGGCAUGCGCAUUGCAGAGAAACAAUGUUAUUUAAUUCAGGCAAGUAGACCUUAAUGCAGUUUUAAAGCUUAUGAGUAUUACAUGAUUUCAAAUUUGAAAAGACACCAGGCAAAAAGAGCACAACACAUGACCAAACUAAAUGAAGUAUUUAACAAAAGGCCGGUAAGUAUUUUUAAAAUACUUAAAACAGGCCUUUUUUUAAACGUCGAACUUCAUUCACAUAUGCCGAAUCUAAUGCAAAGGAGCAAGAACAAUUUCCUUCAUUAGCAUUAAAUCUGGCACGUGUAAAGUUCGACGUUUCAAACGGCGGCCUCUUGUCAAGCACUUCAAUAAAUGAUGUUCAAAGCAGAGAAUAUUCCUCAGUUAAAUCAAGUUUCCAACGAAAUGUAUUAUCUAGCGGAUCGACUAAUCUUGAGUUUAACACGGACCGGACGACGCGUUCCUCCUGUCCAAACGAGACUAAACGAACUUUAAACCAGACAAGGAACUAAAGAGGAACCGAAGCGCGACUUUCCACACCGAGGAGAUUACCCCAGACUGUGAUCUUUCCAUUUUCUUGGGAGGGAGUUUAAACGAAAGUACCAGAAAGGCAUAUACGGUACUCUUGUGCCUAAUAAUCUUAAACAUUCUCUCUCUCCCCUUAACAAGCGUUUUAAAUGGACUGGUCAUAAUCACCGUGAAAACUAAACCACGCCUAAAAACCACGAGCAACGUUGCACUCGCGUGUUUAGCGACAACCGAUUGUGUGAUGGGAGUAAUUGGACAGCCUUUUUUCGCCGUACAACUGGCAGUACUGUUACAGGGGAGAGAUCAAGCUCGUACUGCACGCUAUUAGCAGCGUCGGUAUACGUUAUCAGGGUGUUGGGCGCAGCUACAUUUCUUCACCUAACAGUUAUUAACAUAGAAAGAUAUAUUGCUAUCAAGCACUCGCUGAAGUACAAGAUCCUAGUCACUAGAGGUCGUUUAUUCCGUGGGUCCGCUUUCGUGUGGGUUGUUUCAUUCCUC